GCAGAGCGAGACAGGCGGCACCAGGGGAGGGACGCGCGUUUUCGUGCCAUUACACUCAAUUAUUUCUUUGCUCAUCGAUUGAACCGACAGAGUUCCCUCUGAAAAAAAAGUGAAGAAGAUCCCCAAACGACACGGGGGAGAGAUGCAACCGGCGGCGAGAUGGACUUUGCUGCUUCUUCUCGUGGGUUUGAUGGCACAAGACUGCUUUUCAUCCAAGGCAGAAGACCGGCUCUUCAGGAAACUGUUCAGAAGAUAUAACCAGUUCAUCAGACCAGUGGAGAAUGUCUCUGAUCCCGUCACUGUGGAGUUCGAGGUUUCCAUCUCGCAGCUGGUCAAAGUUGAUGAGGUGAAUCAGAUCAUGGAAACAAAUUUAUGGCUCAGACAUAUUUGGAACGACUACAAGCUGCGAUGGAUGCCGUCAGAGUUUGACGGCAUUGAAUUCAUUAGAGUUCCAUCGAACAAGAUCUGGAGACCAGACAUUGUGCUCUACAACAAUGCUGUAGGUGAUUUCCUGGUGGAGGAUAAGACCAAGGCUCUGCUGAAGUUUGAUGGUACCAUCACCUGGGUUCCUCCAGCCAUUUUCAAAUCCUCCUGCCCCAUGGACAUCACCUACUUCCCCUUCGACUACCAGAACUGCUCCAUGAAGUUUGGCUCCUGGACUUACGACAAAGCCAAGAUUGACCUGGUACUUAUUGGGUCUAAGGUGAACCUCAAAGACUUCUGGGAGAGCGGCGAGUGGGAAAUAAUCGACGCUCCAGGCUACAAGCAUGAUAUCAAGUACAACUGCUGUGAGGAGAUCUACCCAGACAUCACCUACUCCUUCUACAUCAGGCGCCUGCCACUCUUCUACACCAUCAACCUCAUCAUCCCCUGCCUCCUCAUCUCUUUCCUCACAGUGCUGGUUUUCUAUCUCCCGUCCGACUGUGGAGAGAAGGUCACGCUCUGUAUCUCCGUCCUGCUCUCCCUCACUGUGUUCCUGCUCGUUAUCACGGAGACCAUCCCCUCCACGUCGCUGGUCAUCCCGCUCAUUGGAGAGUACCUGCUCUUCACAAUGAUAUUCGUCACGCUCAGCAUCGUCAUCACCGUGUUCGUGCUGAAUGUACACUACCGCACGCCAAUGACCCACACUAUGCCGGGUUGGGUGCGCUCUGUGUUUCUCAAAGUGCUGCCGAGGAUUAUGCUGAUGCGGAGACCUAUUGAUGAAGACAGCAAGGCUGGGGGGUUGGACAGCAGUGGGGAGGCAGGAGGAGCUGGAGGGGGAGGAGGAGGCGGAGGAGGGAAAGGAGGAAAGAAAAGGAAGAAUAGCUUGAUGCAGCAGGUCGGAGGAGGCUCCCUAAACUGUCUGGAGUUCGGGGAUAGUAAGCUCUCAUCUGUGGAGGGAUGCACUGGAAAGAAAUGCCCUUGCCCCUGCCAGCAUGGGAAGGAGACCCCAGAAACACCAGACAUGGGGAAGAUAUCACGGCAGCUGAGUCCACAGAGCAUCAACACUGUGGUUGCCUUUUCUGUGGUGUCACCUGAGAUCAAACAGGCCAUUGAGAGCGUCAAGUACAUCGCUGAGAACAUGAGGAGUCGUAACAAGGCCAAAGAAGUGGAGGAUGACUGGAAGUACGUCGCCAUGGUGAUCGAUAGAAUCUUCCUUUGGGUGUUUGUGACCGUGUGCGUCCUGGGAACCGUGGGCCUCUUCCUCCAGCCGCUUUGCGGCUUCGUCUCAUAACUGCUAACCGAUCGGGGUUCACUGACGCCCUGUGUCGACCAAUCCUGAACAAGUGACUUACUCUCAGUUCUCAGUUGACCAAUCAGAAGACAGA